GAAGUUUCAGCCAAUAGGCUAGCAGCUAGCUCGCAAGCGCCUCGUGUCGUCAUUUCCGGAAGGGAAGGUUGAGACCGGCGUUGGCAGUGACGUAACUUCCUCUUUUUGGCGGCAGGCGGCCGAGAGGCGACAUGAAGGCUUCGGGCACCCUUAAAGAAUACAAGGUGAUUGGGCGACGCCUGCCCUCGCCUAAAGAUGCCAACCCUCCUCUCUAUCGAAUGCGGAUCUUCGCUCCAAAUCAUAUUGUCGCCAAGUCUCGAUUCUGGUACUUCAUUUCAUUGAUGAAGAAACUGAAGAAGUCCGCUGGGGAAAUUGUCUAUUGUGGCCAGGUAUAUGAGAAGUCACCAGCAAAAGUGAAGAAUUUUGGAAUUUGGCUGCGCUAUGACUCCCGUAGUGGAACUCAUAACAUGUACAGGGAGUACAGAGACCUGACCACUGCUGGUGCUGUCACCCUGUGCUACCGGGACAUGGGAGCUCGCCAUCGUGCUCGUGCUCACUCCAUUCAAAUCAUGAGGGUGGAGGAGAUUCCAUCAAGCAAGUGUCGCCGUCCUGCUGUCAAGCAGUUCCACGAUUCCAAGAUCAAGUUCCCACUCCCACACCGGAUUCUGCGUCGCCAGCACAAGCCACGUUUUACCACCAAGAGACCGAACACUUUCUUUUAAAAUGUAUUGAUACGUUGUGUUGGAUCUGUAUGAAAAUAAAAGUUUGGCUGACA